UAGGGACGUGGUGAAAGGUCAAUGUGGUCUAAACAAAAUUAAUAUUGAUGAGUUUUUUGAGAAAAGACUACUGUAUGAUGGAACACUCUUUACUUUCUACACUUGUGGUUCUAGUUGGAGCAGGAGUUUCAGCAAAGGAGAUGCUUUCUGGACCUAGUAGUACAGUUGGAGAGUCAAGUUCUUUGUUUUAUGGCAACAUGUCCAAUGUCACUACACAACCCCCUAGCCCUCCCUCCCCUUUCACUGUAAUACCACCCACUUCUGCAUCACUAGUGCCUGGAGAAGUGGCCCUGCCUGUCCACUUGACUGUAAUUGUUCUAAUAUCUGUACUCGUUGCUGUCCUCUUCGUAGCGAUAUACAUUCAACUGAUACUGGUGAUAUGGUUCGGCUACAAACUUCUGUCUUAUCAAACUGUGCUACUGUUCAGUAUCCUACUGUGGGCAGCUCUGAGACUGACACUCUAUUCGUUUUACUAUUACCAUUGUUGUGAGAGUGUGAGGCUACUAAAUGGAGUUGCUGGUUGGGUGGUUGUUGAUUUGCCAGCUGUAUUACAAUACUUCUCUCUCGCUGUGUUAGUGAGGUAUUUUGGAGAGAGUUUAUUCAAGGUGUUUGAGAGACGACAAGAGAUGGCUACACUUUCUCCUCCAUACAGGAAGAUGACCAUGUACCGAGCUCUUGCCUCACUGCUCUGGUUUUCUUCCGUGUGUGUCUUUCUGGCUGGGAGCAUUGUAUUCUACUGUACCAUUGGCAGAAUCGAAAAAGGAAAAUCACUUCUGCCGACCUUCAGAGUCCUACUGCAGGAUGGGCUAUUCCUAGCAAUGGCUGUCAUUCUGGGCGUCUGUAUUGUGUUGAUGUACACGACUCGUGCUGGUAAGGAUGCUCUGGAGGCCCAGAAUGUCCACAAAUGCUGGCCCAUGCUUGUCUCCGUGUCACUGGUCUUGCUGUUCCUCUCCAGAGCUAUCUACAACAUCAUAGCCGUGAGGCUUACUGACAUCAACGUGUUUGGGAAUGGAUACACAUUCACAACUGAUAUGGCCGAUAAUGAAUUCUAUACGUCCAAUGGUAAGCACAACACGUAUGGCUAUGUGGCUUACUUUGCUGUGCUCGUGAUAUGGGAGAUCAUCCCAACGUACAUGAUUGUGAUCUUCUUCCGAGUCAGAAUUCCAUCCAAAUCGAGUCGAGCCUGCCGCAUGCCUAAGGACAUAGGACCUGCUAGGGGGAAGCAUUUCUUUGAAAAUCCACAUCGCUAUGACGAAGCAGACAGUCUACUACAUGCCAACUCUCGCUCCACUGGCCAAGUCUCUAUACCGAGUAUUCACAGUCUUCCCCCGGGCUAUGGCACCAAGUACAGUAUUAACAAUCCAAGCAGUACACCCCACUCCUAUAUGCCUGGCACUACUCCACCUCAACUGUUCACAAGUCCUUCAUUCUUCAGUGAACAUUGACUUGAGUAUGUGUGUGUGUGUGUGUGUGUGCGUGUGUUUUUCAGAGGGAUAUUUUGUACAAUAUUUGUGCACCUUGCAUUGUAUGUUAAAAGGCAUUUUG